AUGGCAGAGGUCUGUAGCCGUCAGUUCAGUCUUCGGCAUCUGAAACACGAGACAAAAGUGAACCAAAGUUUGUAUGCAAUGCUUGUGGACGAGAGUCUUGUGGACGUAAUCGUGUCCACCGAUGGCACUAAUAUACGCGCCCAUCGGCUCAUACUGUCGGCCAACUCGUCGUACUUCAAGACACUCUUCGACUCUCUUGAGGCCAAUCGAUGUCAGAUACCGAUCGUUAUACUCAAAGACGUGCCUCUCGUGGACCUGAAGGCCAUCAUUGAGUUCAUGUAUAGGGGAGAGGUCUGUGUCGAGGAGAGACACUUGUCGUCAGUUCUCAAGAGCGCCGAACUCUUGAAAGUGAAUGGUUUGACUGAAGUGUGUCUCGCGUUGAGGUCGCGGCUGAACAGCGAGCGGUUGGCCAACACCUCCGCCGCCGGAAAUGACGGCAACUCGAGUUCGGCAUCGGAUCAGACCAUUCUUCGUAAGAGACCGCGUAUUAGCGAUGAUCUCAAACAAACGCCGCAAACCACAGACCUGUUCUCGAGGCUCAGUAACGCACGCGAUGAUCUCAAACAAACGCCGCAAACCACAGACCUGUUCUCGAGGCUCAGUAACGCACGGUUUGAGAUCAGACCAUCCGCUUUGUCGCCCAAUAAUAGCCGACCGAAGGCUUCUUCUUCGGGACAAUCAGUUGUGAAGAAUAUUGUCAUUCCUUCGAAUCAAAUUCAUAAUAAGAAAGCCUCGCCUGAAGUGCAAUCAAUGGUCAAUCGUAUGUCGAGUCCUUCGAGUUCUUCGACGAGCGCUGUGUCCGCAACGCAUAAUUCCCGUCAAAACAGUCCAAACCAUUCGUUUCGGAGUCCCAUUAAGAAGACAAAUACGCCAAACAAUGGGACACCCGAUCGUGUCUUGACGUCGACGUGGACUCCAUCGCAAUCAUCGUUGUCUCAGAGCGUCAAUAAUGAAUUGUCGUCCAACUGUUCCCUAAAUGUCAACUCAUUUGUUGAGGUCUUGUUAGACGACGAGACGCCCGAACAGACCGACGAUGAGAUUGAUAUAAAGCCACCGAUUUUUGAGCUCAACCAAAGACUGGCCGAACAAAUGGCCGCCGAUUCCCGUCGUUCCGAUGAUCCGUCUCCUCGCAAAGACCGCGAACCGGACCUUAAAAGCACAGACAAACCAAAGCCUUCACCCCCUAAGACAACAGCAACUGCCAGAACCGUUGCGAAGGCGGGUCGACCACCGCCUCCGCCGCCGCAAUCAUCUGUCAAAUCGCGGAGUUCUUCG